GUCAUGGCGGGGCGGGUUCCGGGCGGAACCUUGAGCGAGUGGGAACGAAAGCAGACCCAGUUAAGAGCCAGCGUAGUGGAGGAGGACACCGAGGAGUGGCAGGAAGAUCCUGACUUCACAGGACUGGAGCGAGUGGGAGGCGUGGAUCUGUCCUAUACCAAAGGAGAUGACACCACUGCCUGUGCGUCCCUGGUCGUUCUCAGCUUCCCAGCCCUGGAGGUGCUGUACGAGGAUUACCAGAUGGUGGCUGUGAACGCCCCAUAUGUGUCAGGAUUCCUCGCCUUCCGAGAGGUCCCAUUCCUGGUGGAAGCUGUUCAGAGGCUUCAGCAGAAGGAGCCCAGGCUCAAACCUCAGGUCCUCCUUGUAGAUGGGAAUGGCCUUCUCCAUCACAGAGGAUUUGGUGUAGCCUGUCACCUCGGAGUCCUGACGGAUCUGCCAUGCAUUGGAGUGGCCAAGAAUCUCCUGCAAGUGGAUGGUUUGGUCAAGGAUGAGCUGCACAGAGAGCAGAUUCGUUCCCUGCAAAAGGAAGGAGAUACAUUCCCACUGAUGGGCACAUCAGGGAGAGUCCUGGGCAUGGCCCUGCGUAGCUGCAGCAACAGCUCUAAGCCGCUUUAUAUCUCUGUGGGUCACAAGGUGUGCCUGGAGACAGCUGUGCAUCUAGUCAAGUCCUGCUGCAAGUAUCGGAUCCCAGAGCCCAUCCGCCAGGCUGAUAUUAGAUCGAGGGAGUAUAUACGGAAGCAGCUGUGUUCACCACUGGAGGUCAUCUCUCCUGGGCCAGAGAGCAGAGAAGAAGAGGCUGAACUGGAUGAUUAAUUUGAUGCCAGAAGAAACAGCAGGGCUCCUCUUCACUGGAUCCUCUCCUUGACCAAGACUGUGGUUCUGUCAAGUGCCACCCCAGGGGAGAGCAUUGCAAAGCUAUCUGUCAGGACAGCCCCAGCCACUGUGCGUGGUAGACCAGCUGCUCUUCAAAUGUUCAGAGCAUAUUUCUCAGGGUUGAUUUUUAAGCAUUUUAAAACUAUUUCUGUAAGCAAAUGUACACUUCUAAGUUUGCAGCAGCUUCCUAAAGUACUUGGGCAAUUGCAGAAGAUGAUUUACAAAGACUUAACUUAGCUGUAAAGGAGAUCCAGAGCUGGUCUUUGGCUCCCACCACAACUCUGUGGCACAGAGACUUACUUUCUCAUCGUUUUUGGAGCAGCUUCCACCCAGUCCAGGCAGCCUGUACUCUGACACUCACUUUGUGUAUCUCCAGGGAACAGAAGCCCAGUACACAGCUCCGGAUGGUCCUAACAGACGGGCAGAGGACGCUGUGUUUCAGGUGGGCGUGUGACUCACAUGGGAGAGGACGAAGCCAACAGUCUGCUGCGGAUUUUGGAAGAGACUCGGAGGUCUGAGUGCCAGUACCUGAGAAGCUUUCUGUCUGUCUGGUGUCAGUGGCUUCUGCGUGCCAGCUGCCUCACUGCUGUGCAGCAGCUGCCUGACCGCGGUGGCUGUGUGCGGGGCACUGUUUGUGCUGGGCACACGGUGCUCUGGUGUUGCUGGUCUUGGUGGGAUCUUGCUCUGCAUUGCUGCUGAAGUGCAAUUCAGAUGAGAGGGCGUUAUGGUACCGAGACUCACUUGAUGUUCCUGUCACCCCCUGUGCAGUGACUGAGGUGGGGAGCUGGUGGUGCAGAAGAUCAUCUCAGGGGAAAGGAGAUGUUUCCAUCAAGGAGAAUGGGGAGGGAGGUCCUUCCUAAUACACAAAUCAUUCAGGGUGGCCAUGUGCCAGGGCUGAGUUUUUGCAGUCCAAGUGGGCCAGGAGCACUCGUGUCAGGUUAGGAGGUUAGGCUCUGUGUGCCCAGAGCACUUGGACCAAGACCGAUCUGUCAAGUCGUUUGCAAAGCUUUGGUUUAGUAGCGGAGCACAGAAUGGUUUCUAUUCCUGAAUCAACAGCAAGUCACGUCCUGUUUGCAGGGCUAAAGCUUUUCCUUCGAAGGUGUGGGUUCCUGGUUGGAUUCAGCAGGUUGUUCCCGACGACUUCCAAAGAAACUAGGAGCAGAUAGAUGGCUUCUUGAACACAGCCAAAACUCUGGCAUGUUGAUUUAAAAAAAUAUGGCUGUGUAAGGUUCCAGCCUGAAGAGGAAAAAGGAUGUUUUCCUGGGGUGAGAGAGGGGUGCUCUGGAUCGGGGCUCCUCUGGUCUGUGUUAAAUGCUGAUGAGAACUUCACUUUUGCAUAAAUUUA